GCACACUUUGCUUUCCUGGUUUUUGGUCUGGAAACGAAAUUGAAAUUCCAGUGAAAAGGCAGUCACUCUCGCAACCUCUCUCCAUUUGCCCUUUCUUCCAACAGCUUGUCCACAGCAAUUGUAACGUGAAUUCAAAUGCAGGUGGACGACGAAGACGACAUCGACAUUGGAGGUAGCGAAGAAGUUUCGAUCGAAACAAAGUCAGAGAAUGACAAUGGAAAGCCACAUAUCAAUUUCGAGACAGCAGUAGAUACCCAAGGUGGACAGAAUAAUGAUCAGUAUACUGUACAUAUAGCAGCAGAUUAUCAGGAAAGUGGCUGGGAACCACAUCAGGCGAUUGACACGUCAGAUAUGGAUGAAAAAUCAAAGGCACUUAUACAACAAAUGCUUGCAGAAGAAGAAUAUUACUUUGGUGCUGGCACAAAUAGCUUAGAGCACGGCGAUUAUGUCGAGCCCAAGCCGAAGAAACGAAAAGUGCAGAAACGUGAUCCGAAAGCGAGCAAUGCUGGUGAUACGAAUUAUAAGCCAAAAGCGCAGGACGGUCAAGGCAAACACACUAUAUCGUCAGCGGAGCUACCAUCUCACAAAACGCGUUGGUCGGCCGAAGAGGAUGAACAGCUUAGGAGGGCUUUGGAACAAUUUGGCUAUGGUAACUGGAAGGCGGUCUCGGAAGCGGUCGGUAGUCGCAACCCUUUACAAUGUAAAAAUCAUGCGCGACAUCUCGUCAACUCGUCAAAAAUCAUCCAUUCGCCAGAGACAGAUGCAAAGUCUGAUUUUAUUAAGGGUAGUGAAAGCGUUAAAGCGGUAUCUGAGCCCCGUGGGGAUGAAGACGAGAUUUCAGCACACAAUGGUCAAGCAGAAGAUCGUCGUCCGUCGACACACGAAGUUGAAAAUGGAAACGGUAAUUCUGGAGAAAUAGAACUUCAUAGCGACCAUGCACUUCCAGGAACUGAAGAACCUCUAGAUGCCACCAUGGAAGAUAUUGAAGUGGAUAUUGACGAGAAUGCUUCCACGAAGCCAGAGGCUAAUGAAGUAUUCAAUAGUGAAGGUUCCAUGGAAGAAGAUAUCGUUUCUACCACUAGGUAUACGUCUGGCAUGGAUACGAUAGGGCCACCUUUGGAUUAUAUAACUCCAUUAAAAGAUGAAGUGAAAGAGGAAAGCAUCUCCGACACGAUACCGAGCAACCCAGUGCAAGAAGGCAAUGAAGAAAUACUUUCAGAAUCGACCGUGAUUCUGCCUCCUGACAGUAGUCCAAAAACCACCAUUACCGAGGAAAGCAAAUUUGAAAAUCAAUCUAUAGCGACGACUGAGGACAAUGAGAAAGAGAAUCAUCUCGCAAAUAAUGAACAUCAGAAUGAUGCGUCUAUCCUAUCUAAAAGCAAAGGGAUGACCUUGAUAUCUGACAUUCCGCGGAAAGUCGAGGAAGCUCUUGAAGGAAUAGCUGAAGAAGCAGAAGAAGCAGAAGAAGCAGAAGAGGAGAAUGUUGAGCAAGCGUCCCAAUCGCCUGACUUGAUCUCUGAUGAAAAGCGAUUUGAUCCUCAUAAUGCUAGUGUAGAUGAAGUCAAUAACAACCGAGAAUGGUUUUUAGGUAAACCAUCCAAGACUCCUGAGAGAUAUCUAAAAAUUCGAAACACGAUAAUUGCAUCUUGGAAUCGAUGUAAACCGCGAUAUCUUACGAAAACAAGUGCUCGUAACGGUCUCAAAGAUUGUGGCGACGUGAACGCCAUUGGUCGUGUGCAUACCUACUUAGAGGCCAUUGGUGCUAUUAAUACAAACUGCAUCACCAACCCUCCUCGACCAAAGAGACCAGCCGUAGCACAUGUUGAAUAUUAUUCUGAUGAAGAUGAACAAGGUGUCGGUCAAGUACCUGAUUGGGUGAUGGAAUAUGAUGGCCCGAGAAAGCGCAAGGUGAGAGACGAGCGCGGUCGAUGGGUGGACCCAAAGGAUCUGGAAGGCAGAGUAAUAGAGCAUGGUGUUCAGAUUGAAGAAGCCAAAUCACGCCCGAAACGAACGAUAAGACGACCGAAGCAUUUAGAUGAUGAUUUCCGUAAUGGCUACGACCCCUUCCGAUUGGUGCCUUUAGAGCAGUAUGACCAACAACCUCCUUUUCAUGUUACGAUUGUUAGCGAUGCUCUGCUUGUCAUGGAUUUCCAUUCGUACCUUGCACACACCGAAAUUAUCGGCCUACUAGGAGGAAAAUUUAAUGCAGAUACGAGGCGACUGGAAGUACAAUGCACUUUCCCCUGCAAAAGUACUAGCACUGGUAUACAGUGCGAGAUGGAUCCGGAAUCUGAGAUGCGUGCUCGAGAAGUAUUUGCUGAAAAAGGCAUGGCUGUUGUUGGCUGGUACCACUCCCAUCCCACGUUUGAACCAAAUCCAAGCGUAAGAGAUAUCGAAAACCAGUCAUCUUACCAGUCUCUCUUUCGGCAUGAAGAGACUGGUCUAGAACCUUUCAUUGGAGUGAUCGUUAGCCCUUAUGACCAUGCAGCAGAUACGAACAAAUCCAAGUUCCAAUAUCUGUCCAUUAGUCCGGGUUGGGAUGCCUCGGGUUCAUUCCGAAUGCCAUACGCCUGUGUCACUGAAAUACAACAAUGUGAUCAACCUGACAAUGAUAUAUACCCGCAGCUACAGGCUCUAGUAGAUGAAUAUUGCGAUUAUGAGCAUCGUGUCAAUAUGUCUGAACAAUUUCCUAAAGACGGUACAAACACCCGCUUAGACAAGCUACUUGAGUCACUUUCUGGACAUCUCGUUCCUGAAAUCGAUGAAUCUAUCGAAUUUUUAAAUCAAGUGCGAAAGCUGGUUGUGGACAAACUUCCACCACCUCCUCCGAAAGGUGGUGACCAUAUGAUAUCGGGAACAAACGAAGACGCUACGACAAAGGUUCAUGACAUAAAUCCAGUUCAACCCACAGUUACAAAUGGUCUUGAUAGCCACACCCCGUCCUAAUAUCCAUCCUUUAUAAUAUUGAAAUUCGCUUCGAAGACGUUAUCCCAACACCCUCUCCUGUACCUAUGAUCAAAUUAGUAAAAAGUUGUAAAAUAUGCACCGCCAA